GGCCCCCGGCUCCGAUCAUCUCAAGCCAUCUCCACACCCACUCCUCAUUCUUGGAGAACAGAAUACAGAAUACGUAGGACCUCCAUCGAUCAGAAUGGCCGCAACCACCAUGUCACUCUCUUCUCCAGCCUUUGCCGGCAAGGCAGUGAAGAACUUGCCAUCAUCUUCUCUUUUCGGGGAUGCCCGCGUCACCAUGCGCAAGACAGCGGCAAAGGCCAAGCAGGUUGCCUCUGGCAGCCCGUGGUAUGGCUCUGACCGCGUGCUCUACCUCGGCCCACUUUCUGGUGAGCCCCCGAGCUACCUCACUGGUGAGUUCCCUGGCGACUACGGCUGGGACACCGCUGGGCUGUCGGCCGACCCCGAGACCUUUGCCAAGAAUCGUGAGCUGGAGGUGAUCCACUGCCGCUGGGCCAUGCUUGGCGCACUCGGUUGUGUCUUCCCCGAGCUGCUUGCCCGCAACGGUGUGAAGUUCGGCGAGGCUGUUUGGUUCAAGGCCGGUUCCCAGAUCUUCAGCGAGGGCGGCCUCGACUACCUCGGCAACCCAAGCCUUGUGCACGCCCAGAGUAUCCUUGCCAUCUGGGCUUGUCAGGUUGUGCUCAUGGGCGCUGUCGAGGGCUACCGCAUUGCCGGUGGACCGCUCGGUGAGAUUGUUGACCCGCUCUACCCGGGCAGUAGCUUCGACCCACUCGGCCUUGCCGACGACCCUGAGGCAUUCGCCGAGCUCAAGGUUAAGGAGAUCAAGAAUGGUCGCCUUGCCAUGUUCUCCAUGUUUGGUUUUUUUGUGCAAGCCAUCGUCACCGGUAAGGGUCCACUCGAAAACCUCGCUGACCACCUCACCGACCCCGUCAACAACAACGCUUGGGCAUUUGCCACCAACUUCGUUCCCGGCAAGUAAGGUGUGUGUGCGCGCACGCUUGCGGUGAAGUGUUUUGUUAGCUGUUUGAGUUGUACUACCAUGAUGUAAAUUACGAGGAUUUGAUUAUCUGAAAAAAUUGUGAGGUUUCUGUGCAAAA